GGCAGGGCAGGGCAAGGCCGCCCGCCCGCUCCUCGGCAUGGCCGGGCGCUGAGCGGCGCCCGCCGCCCCGGCUCGGCUCGGCUCGGCUCGGCUCGGCUCGGCUCAGCACGGCUCUGUCCCGCCGAGAGGCUCGGCGCCCAGCCACCCUCUCUCCUCGCCAAUGGUCCAGAGCGACAUGUCCAAAUCUCCUCCCAGCCCGGCGCAGGAGGUGCAGAUGGAGCUGCUGGACAACCCCCUGCCCGCGGCGGCGGCAGCGCAGUCCUAUGGUAAAGGGGCAAGAAGAAAAAACCGAUUUAAAGGCUCAGAUGGGAGUACAUCUUCUGACACUACCUCCAACAGUUUUGUACGCCAGGGUUCGGCGGACUCCUACACCAGCCGUCCAUCUGAUUCAGAUGUAUCUCUGGAAGAAGAUAGGGAAGCAGUGCGGAGAGAGGCAGAGCGACAGGCCCAGGCACAGCUGGAAAAAGCAAAGUCAAAACCUGUUGCAUUUGCAGUUCGGACAAAUGUUGGGUACAGUGCAGCUCACGAAGAUGAUGUCCCAGUCCCAGGCAUGGCCAUCUCAUUUGAGGCUAAAGAUUUUCUUCAUGUUAAAGAAAAAUUUAAUAAUGACUGGUGGAUAGGACGAUUGGUAAAAGAAGGCUGUGAAAUCGGAUUCAUACCAAGCCCAGUCAAACUAGAAAACAUGAGGCUGCAGCAUGAACAAAAGGCAAAACAAGGAAAAUUCUACUCCAGUAAAUCAGGAGGAAACUCUUCAUCCAGUUUGGGUGACAUCGUUCCUAGUUCCAGAAAAUCGACGCCUCCAUCAUCUGCUGUAGACAUAGAUGCCACUGGCUUAGAUGCAGAAGAAAAUGAUAUUCCAGCAAACCAUCGCUCCCCCAAACCCAGUGCAAACAGUGUAACAUCACCCCACUCCAAAGAGAAAAGAAUGCCCUUCUUUAAGAAGACAGAGCACAUCCCUCCCUAUGAUGUAGUGCCUUCUAUGCGACCAGUAGUUUUAGUGGGGCCUUCUCUGAAGGGAUAUGAGGUAACAGAUAUGAUGCAAAAAGCAUUAUUUGAUUUUUUAAAACAUAGAUUCGAAGGGCGUAUAUCAAUUACACGAGUCACAGCAGACAUCUCGCUUGCCAAACGCUCAGUGUUAAACAAUCCCAGUAAGCAUGCGAUCAUAGAACGGUCUAACACGAGGUCAAGCCUAGCUGAAGUUCAAAGUGAAAUUGAACGGAUUUUUGAAUUGGCCAGGACACUGCAGUUGGUAGUGCUUGAUGCUGAUACCAUUAAUCACCCAGCUCAACUGAGCAAAACCUCUCUGGCUCCCAUUAUAGUAUACGUAAAGAUUUCUUCUCCUAAGGUUUUACAGAGGUUGAUAAAAUCUCGAGGGAAAUCUCAGGCCAAACACCUUAAUGUUCAGAUGGUAGCAGCUGAUAAACUGGCACAGUGUCCUCCUGAAAUGUUUGAUGUAAUUCUUGAUGAGAACCAGCUUGAAGAUGCUUGUGAGCACCUUGCUGACUAUCUGGAAGCCUACUGGAAGGCCACACAUCCACCUAGCAGCAAUCCUCCUAACCAGCUUCUCACUCGCACACUUGCAACAGCCACUCUUCCUAUUAGCCCGGGUCCAAAUAUUAAUUUACAGCAGGGAUCUCAAGGAGACCAGAGGAAUGACCAUUCGGUCCCUGAGCGCAGCGGUUCCCACAUUGAAGAGGAAGCAAGGGUCGAACCCACCAAGAAAUCCCAGCACCGCUCUUCCUCCAGCCAGCACCACAACCAUCGCAGUGGUGGCAGAGGCCUUCACAGGCAAGAAACUUUUGACUCAGAAACACAAGACAGCAGAGAUUCAGCUUACGUAGAGCCAAAGGAGGACUACUCACAUGAGCAUGGUGACCACUAUGAUUCUCACAGGGAUCAUAAUCACAGAGACGAGUCCCAUGGGAUCAGUGAACACAGACACAGAGAGUCCCGGCAUCGCUCAAAGGAGAGGGACCGCGAGCAGGACCACAAUGAAUGCAACAAACAGCGCAGUCGUCAUAAAUCAAGGGACCAAUAUUGUGACAAGGAUGGGGAAGUGAUAUCCAAAAAACGUAACGAUGCAGGAGAGUGGAACAGGGAUGUUUACAUCCGUCAGUAACUUUUGCCUCUGGCAGUCUUGUGUUUCUUUGAAGUCUUGUAACAAUGCCCCUUGAAAAUAUCUUGGGUUCUUCUUUGCAGAACAUAUGGUAUCCUUCUGUAUGCUGAUUUGUAUUGCUGUUGCUUGCAUAGCAAUAGCAUGAAAUAGAAUAUUCAUAUACUUAUUUUUUUUUGGUUAGUGCUAUAUGAAUUAGUGUAGUACAACUGAAGAGUUCCUGAUGUUGUACUAUGACAUUUUUCAAGCUGUUUUUGGUAGCUGCCACUUGAACAAUAUCUGUUGCCAUCAAGGUGUUGUUAGUGCUUUUUUAAAAAAAAGGUACAUUUGAUGUUUAAUAACUUCCCAUGUAUUCAGCAAGCCAGGAUCAGCACAUAAAAAAAAUCUAAAACUUUUUGUC